CUGCGAGUGAUGACAACCUGGGCAUAUGCUACCUUCGGACUUACCCCAUGGGGCUGUACGGUAGGUUCGUGUCGGUUCACCAUUGGGCUGCUCAACACAGGCCGCCGGAAGCGACAUUUAAAACGCCGCAGGCGGCCACCCGUUACGAGAGCAUGCGGCUGAGUCUAAGAGCCGGCUGCAAGGAUGAAGGUCGAAAGGUCGAUUUAGCUCCGGCUACACAAGAUGCUGUCGUCGCAGCUCUUUGAUGUGAACGCCUUUACGGUUGAUAUGGAAAGUUGAGGAUGGAUCGGAGGUGUCUGGCAUACUUUGCGCAUUCUUUCUUCCCCGGUUAUCUUUUGAGUGGUGCUCGUUGCAAUAUCAAAUAGCCCGGAGGCUCGCAUUCUCUUCCACAAUGCCUAUUGCUAGGCAGCAUCAGCGCGACGUCAUUGCCCAAACCCUCUGCAUUACACUCACCAUAACCAGAGAUCAUGUCGUCCGCACAACAACCGUAUUCCUAGGCAAGGCGACAAGUACUGUAAAUGGCGUUGCCGCGACCACUCUACCAACCCCAGUACAGCAGCAAAACACUUCUUCAGGAGACGACCAACCGUCUUUGAGCAGCACGCAAAUCGCCAUUCUUGUGAGCGUCAUUGUUGUAUUGUUCCUUAUAACCAUCGGGGUUUUGCUCUGCUGCCGAGGAAAACAAGGCCCCCAAGGCAAGCGUGGGCAUUCUGGUCUUCAGGGAGUGCCUGGUAUUCAGGGAGUGCCUGGUCCUCAGGGUCCCCGGGGAGACCCUGGUCCUGCUGGAGCACAUGGAGCACACGGAGCACACGGAACACCUGGAGCACCUGGAGCACCUGGAGCACCCGGAGCACCCGGAGCGGCUGGACCAGCUGGACCACGUGGUCCGCCUGGUCAAGAUGGCCAUAAUGGCAUAAAUGGCGGACCCGGACCGGCAGGUCCGGCCGGUCCUCAGGGCCCACAGGGCUUCCACGGCAUCCAAGGGCCGGCAGGAGAGCGGGGUCCGGCCGGCGAUCGAGGUGUGCAGGGGCCCCAGGGGGUUAGGGGUCCACAAGGAGAUAGGGGUCCUCCCGGGGGUUUAUGUCAGUGCCGAGAGCCGUGCGCACGACGAGAAUCGUGUCACUGCCGAGAAUUGCGUCCGCGAGAGGGAUCGUGUCACUGCCGAGGGCGGUGUCCGCGGCAGGGGUCGCGUCAGCGCCGGGAAUCGUGUCCGCGCCGGGGGUCUUCUCAGCGAAGGAGAUCUUGUCAGUGCCGGGACCGGCGUCCGUCCCGGGGGCGGUGCCUGCCAGAGGCAUCAAGACGGGGGGCGUCAGUGGCCAUCACCUUACAACAGUGAUGGGAUCGAAGUAACAACAACCAAGCAACAAUAACAAGCAUGAUCGUCACUUAAUUCACAUGCCCUCCUCGAGUAAUGGAGUCACCGCGCGCGUAGUUUGUGGAG